UAACUCCCUGUGUGGACAUUCUGUUUUAGAAUAAAAGUCACAUUAGUAUUCUUGACUUUUAUUCCAGGAGUAGUUAUGAAAUAAUAUUGAAAUAACAAGGAGUUAUUAUGGAAUAGUUUAUUCUGCAGUAGCUGUGCUGGUCAAUUUUUCUCAUGUAGACAAGACUUUUACUACUUUUUUUCUAUAGCCAAGGCCCUAGAGAUACAGUGCUAUGACUGAGGAGCCAUUUUUUAAGGACGAUUUUUCUUUCAGACUCGCUUUUCUCAUAUAUUUCAUUGUAAUUCAAGCUUGAGGUGCUAUGGAGAAGAAUGUUCAAAAGAUUCUUAGAAUUUCUAGGACGUGUCAUUUAAAUUAAAUUGAGGGUAGCGCAAACCAGAAUGCGAUUUGGCUAAGAAGGAUAUUGGUACUGAUUGGGGAAAUUUGGAUAGAUAGCCUGGUUUAUGUUACAUACCUGAAACAGAUACUACUAUCCGCUGCUCCCCUAACUAUAUUUAUGAAGAGUGAACACUUAAGAAACAAUAUGUCAAUAAUUAAAACAUGUUUCAUUUUUAUUUAGAAUCUGCAGGAAGAGGAGACUGACAGGCUAUGUAAGGGGAUGUGCAUCAUGCUGUAGUGGAAGAUACUGGCAUGGGCUCGAGGAAGUGGGGGGAACUGGACUGCGCGAGAGAUCAAAAGCGCAAACGGUGUGAAGCACGUGCCGCGCAUGCACUGUCCGGCUGACCACUGCUCAAGAAAACUCCGAUCUGCGGUGCUGGAGUGAUCCGACACCUACAAUGGAGCACCCACGGGGACACAAAUCUCGAAGAACGGUUGUUAUUGCACCAAGGGUAUACAAAUCUGAAAAUUGGGUGUGUGCAGCCUCAUGUGAAUUUCCAUUCCACAAAUAGCAGAGGUGCCAUUGACGCUAAUGGUACCCCUAGGACCUAAUGCUUCAUCUUGACAAUUAAGCGCCGUUCUAACUUCCGGAGGUGGUGCCAUCUGUAGCAGAAACUGCCCUGUUCUAUACCUUCCCCUCUCAUAAAGUUCAAUUUAACUACUGCGUGAAGGUUUUUGGCAUUCUGGAAACAAUGGGGAUUGGCAAGAACACUGCUUCUAAAUCAGUGGAGACUGGAAGUUCAACGGAGGGCAAAUAUGAAGAUGAACCUAAACAUCCUACCUUCUUCACUCUACCUGUAGUCAUAAACGGUGGAGCAACAUCAAGUGGGGAUCAGGACACAGAGGAUACGGAGCUGAUGGCAAUCUACACCACAGAAAAUGGCAUAGCAGAAAAGAGUUCUCUGGCAGAGACACUGGACAGCAGUGGAAGUUUAGAUGCACAGAGAGCUGACAUGAUUUACACAAUUGAAGAUGUUCCUCCCUGGUAUCUCUGCAUAUUCUUGGGUUUACAGCACUACUUGACAUGUUUUAGUGGAACUAUAGCAGUACCCUUUUUGCUAGCGGAUGCCAUGUGUGUUGGAUUUGACCAGUGGGCUACCAGCCAACUGAUUGGGACCAUUUUCUUCUGUGUGGGAAUCACUACUUUGUUACAAACAACUUUUGGAUGCAGGUUACCUUUGUUUCAAGCCAGUGCUUUUGCAUUCUUAGCACCUGCCAGAGCUAUCCUCUCCUUGGAGAAGUGGAAAUGUAAUAACACAGAUGUAACAGUUACUAAUGGAACAACAGAGCUGCUGCACACAGAGCAUAUCUGGUACCCCAGGAUACGAGAGAUCCAAGGGGCGAUUAUCAUGUCCUCCUUAAUAGAAGUGGUAAUUGGCUUCCUUGGCCUUCCUGGAGCUCUCCUGAGAUACAUUGGACCGCUGACGAUUACACCAACUGUGGCUCUGAUUGGCCUGUCGGGUUUCCAGGCUGCAGGAGAGAGAGCAGGCAAACACUGGGGUAUUGCUAUGUUGACUAUUUUCCUAGUGUUGUUGUUUUCUCAAUAUGCAAGGAACGUCAAAUUCCCCUUACCAAUUUACAAAUCCAAAAAAGGAUGGACUGCCUACAGGUUGCAGCUUUUCAAAAUGUUUCCUAUUAUUCUGGCUAUCCUGGUGUCCUGGUUGCUGUGCUUCAUCUUUACAGUGACAGACGUCUUUCCACCUGACAGCACAAAAUAUGGGUUCUAUGCUCGCACGGAUGCUAGACAAGGAGUGCUGUUGGUAGCACCCUGGUUUAAGAUUCCUUAUCCUUUUCAGUGGGGGUUGCCAACGAUUUCAGCAGCUGGAGUAAUAGGAAUGCUUAGUGCAGUUGUUGCAAGCAUUAUAGAAUCAAUCGGAGAUUAUUAUGCCUGUGCAAGGUUGUCUUGUGCUCCUCCUCCACCUAUUCAUGCAAUAAAUAGGGGGAUUUUCAUUGAGGGUCUUUCCUGUGUUUUGGAUGGAGUAUUUGGUACUGGAAAUGGAUCCACCUCUUCUAGCCCUAACAUUGGAGUCUUAGGUAUCACUAAGGUUGGAAGUCGUAGGGUUAUUCAGUAUGGUGCAGCAUUCAUGCUCUUACUUGGAAUGGUUGGGAAGUUCAGUGCACUGUUUGCAUCCCUGCCUGACCCAGUGCUUGGAGCACUCUUCUGCACCCUCUUUGGAAUGAUUACAGCUGUGGGUCUGUCCAACCUCCAGUUCAUAGAUUUAAACUCUUCUCGUAACCUGUUUGUACUUGGAUUUUCCAUUUUCUUUGGACUUGUCCUUCCAAGUUACCUCAAACAAAAUCCACUUGUUACAGGAAUUACAGGCAUCGAUCAGGUGUUAAAUGUUCUUCUCACUACAGCCAUGUUUGUCGGUGGGUGUGUGGCCUUUAUUUUGGAUAACACCAUUCCAGGAAGCCCGGAGGAGAGAGGAAUCCAGAAAUGGAAGAAGGGUGUGGGCAAAGGAAGCAAGUCCCUGGAGGGCAUGGAAACAUACGAUUUUCCCUUUGGCAUGAACUUUAUCAGAAAGUACAGGUGCUUCAGCUUCUUGCCCAUCAGUCCCACCUUCAUGGGCUACACGUGGAAAGGCUUCAGGAAAAGCAGUAACUGCAGGAGUUCGGACGAAGACUCUGAGGCUACUGUAUAGCCUUGGUUGCAAUGUUAUUCUCUCGUUGUAGUAACAGAUGUAUUUGCAGUUUCUUGCUGAUUAAGAAGCAUUGAAAUAUAUGUUUUGUAUAUCUGCAUUUAAAUUCUGGAACCAGAGCUGAGACAUUUUAAAAAAGGCUUUCCUGUUGUGGAUGGUGAUGGCUAUACAUAGUGUUUCUGGUUACCGAUCUGGAGUCUCAUUUUCAGAAGAGGUUUAGGUCCCUAAGUGCCUACCUCACUUUUGAAAAUGGAAUUUAGGCUCCUAAAUUACUUAGGGGCUUUGGAAAAUGUUAUCCUCUGUGAUAUUUUAUUUAAAUCCUCAGUGCUGGUGUUUUGGGCACACCCAUUACUGGCAGAGUUAGCUGGGCCAGAAAAUUUGAAUCCUUGUGUGAAAUGAAUAAAUAACACUUGUAAACACAGAUACCAGAAUCAACUCAGUUGUGUUUUUUCCACUCAGCCAAUUGUAAGUCAGACAUUACAUUGCAAUAGGUAUAUCAUUAGAAUACCUUCCCAAUCAAUGACAAUUCAUUCAGAGAUUUCCUUACUAAAUUACACCUGAUAAAAAGCACCAAUUGAUUCAUGUGAUCUACUACUGUGCACAAAUAACUUGGAUAUCUUUUAGAUAUGAUUGCUCUGGUCUGCAUCGCAGCUAGCCAUAUAACUUUUGCCUGAGACCAAGUUCUCUCUCUCGCUCUCUUUUUUUUUUUUUUUUUUUUAAGGGAAGUAUCAAUUUUAUUUUUACAUGAAGGGAGCUAUUUAACUUCCAGACUGUUACAUUUUCCUAGCACAGCAGCUUUUACAGGUUUGAUACAGUGCAUAGAUCUACUUCAAUCACAGAAUCUUCCUGAAUGAAAAUGUGAAUUUGUCAAAGCAACCCCUUUAUGUAGAAAUCAACAGCGCAAAAUACGAGCAUAUGCCUAUUCAGAUUUGUACCUAAUUUUUUCUGCUUUCUCAGACUAUCUCGGUCUUACUAGCACUGCUUGAAGCCUAUGUAUUUUGUUGCCUUUUUUUCCCAGUGUAAGGACUUACACAGCAGCUUUUUGGUUUUACAAGUGGAUUUUUAAAUAGCAGAGACACUACAUUUGGCAUCAUCAUCCACUGGGAGGGUUUUAACGGGUAUUGGGCCCAAAAACGGUGCCAUUCAAAUUUUUUUUCUGGAGUAGCCUCAGCUCUGAUGUUACGUGGGUGUUAAUGCUCAUCCUGCAUUCAUAAUUCUAAGGUUUUAUUCAUGUUUAAUGUUCUUACUAUUGCAAGUUAGUUUUAGACGUCAGUGUUUCAGUGUGGCCCAAAAAGCAUUUUUAAGCUGUGGAGAUCAUCAGGGAAGUGUAGUGUAAUGUAUUCAAGGCCAGUAUGCUCUACAAUGCUUGCGUUCUGUAUCUCUGGAUAAAAAAUAAAGGUAGAUACUGUAAUUCACUAAUAUAUUUAUCAAAGUUGACUACUGGACAAGAGCAGUACAUUUGUUAUUGAAGCAUGGAAGGGCUGGGGUGGGGGAGGGGAGGAAAAUUGCUUAACGGAUCAGUAUUGAAUAGUGCAGAGUCAAAAUGAUUCCAUUGAUAUAAUUUUCAGCAUGUCAUGGCUGUUUAUGCAACAUAUUUUAUACAGUUUUUCCAUAACAAACCAUGUAUUUGUUCUUGCUCCAAAGAACUUUCAGUAGUUUGCAGUUUUGGUGUCAGUUGGCCUUUGCUGAAAGCCAGUCAGGAGAAUUGUUGUGUAAUAGACAAGGUUAUGUCACCUGUAGUGCAAAGCUGCUCUUGUGUUUUCUAAUUUGCUCUACAGGCAAUGAGAGUGUUACGGAAAUUACCCAUCUCCCUAGGAAUGGAUUUGGCUGAGAGCGCUGAUCAGUAACACUAAAUUUCUAAAUUUUCCAUCUUUUGUUUUAUGUACAACCAAAGAUGUGAGUUAGGGUUCAUUUUAAAAAAAAACCACUUGUUUGAUGUGGUUCUAAUCACAUAAAAUGCCAAAGCUGGUUAUUUUAUAAAUGUGGAGUCAAGGAGGCAAAAUUUGGAAUUUAAGAUGAUGCCACUACUUAAAAACAGACUUCAAGAUACUUAAAAUCACACAGUAGAUUGGUGCCGGGGACUCAGCAGUGAAUGCCAUGCUUGAGGCUUGUCUCAUCUUUUCCCAAAAGAGUGGUUGAAUGUGAGGAAACUAAAAUCUUACAACUACUUCAGGAACAAUUUGGCUCCCUUACAGGAUUGCUGGGAGAACACUUACAUGUUAACCCUUUAAUCCCAGGCAGUUUGUGCAUUCUUAUAUUAGCAUGAAUGCAUCAUGCAGUGGCAGACAACGCAAUAUGAAAUCCCUGAUUUGAAAAUUAAACAGAAUUUAUCCUACAAGAUCUUUCUUUGGAUGAAGUAAAGCUAUAUAGUCUGAAAUGGCUUAUUUACUUUAACAUGUUGUGAAAAUCAAUCACUUCAGGUAGUCUUUAGAUGCUGCGUGGUAGUUUGAAUCAAAUGAUAUUUCGAUCAUCAUUCUGAGGACUUGUGUUUUGGAGCUAUAGUGCCAUCCCUUAACAGAAGAAAAUGACAGAUUAUGUAAAGCCAGAGCUGCCUCCAUCUAAAGUCUUGUUAGAUUUUAAUUCUUCUCUGGUCCUAUCCCACUGAUUCCAUUGACCGACUGAGAGGAGUUUAGCAAAGUGUAUGCUAUAUUUAGCAUGUCACAAAGUUUAGCUGACAUGUUUUGCUUUUCUAGCCACUUUGACUUGGCAACACGAAAACUAGCAUUUAAUGUGGUUGAGCAGUCAUUUUGCAAUCAAAAUCCUGAAGCAUUUAGUUUGACAGAGGUGACUUUUUGAAUCCUCUUCUUUUCAGAAAGCUAAUGGUUAAAAUUGAGCCUUAAUUUUGCAAGAGAACUGAAGAAAGACUGGUUGUAGCAAUGGGUUUUAACAAAGUCACUGGCAGUACAUUGAACAUAUGAUGUUAACUGUAGCACCCAGAAUGGUAGAUGUCUGUCUGUGUAUCAGCAUUUUCAGAUAAGGGUAGGAAAAAAGGUCAUAUGCAGUUUUGCCUUGGGAAAAAAAAUUCCCCUUCCUUCUGUGUGUCUGUUUCUGAGAAGAAUCUAGAAUUGCAAAUCAAAUACUAAGUUUUAAUACCCUCGUUUAUGGUAGGAGAGUCCAUUCCUUCCCCACACACACAACAACAAAACACUUUACAUUUUAAUUUUAGUUAGAAUGGUGUUUGAAAUGUGGUGAGCUUUAGGUGAUGCAAAGUUUACAACAUGAGAUGCAAUAGUAUUAGCUGCAGACAGAUAUAUUGCAGUUUUGCUCUGUAAUUCUGAAAAAAACAGUUGGAUAUUUAAGUUUCUUGUUUACGUUUAUAUUUGGAAUAAGUUGAUGUGGGAGGUGGGAAUAGAAAAAUGGUUGUUGCAAUACUACAUUUUUGCUGUAUACAUAAUUGCCUUUUUCAUAGAUAAAUCAGACAGUACUGUGUAAAGAAAAUAAUAACUACUAGAAGGACUAGAAAAAGAUGAGUUUCAACCAGAUAUAAAUAUAGAAUGGUAAAUAUUCAUGGCAAAAUAUCAUUUUGUCAUAUCAAAGGUAUAUAAAUAUAUUCAAAGCUAAAUAGCUUUGGGGCUUUUGUAUCCAAUCUUUUAUUGUAUUGAUCUUUUUUGGUUAAAUUAAGAACUCUUGCUAAAAAAAUUUCUAAAUAAAACACUGACAAAUUGUAUGUCUUCAAAAUUACAUUUCAUAGCGAAUUUACCUAUUACUGACUAAUAUCAUGUUAGGGUUUAUUGACUGACUAGCUUGUUCAAUAACCUGUUGGGGAAAGCUUCACUUUUUUUUCUUCCCAGUUCAUUCCCUGGGAUUUACUUUACACCUUUUAAUACUGACUUUCAAUGUGGCAACUUGGUCUGUACAUGAAUAUUGCAGUAUUUUAUUUCCAUAUAUUAAAAAUAACAUUUUCACUCAGGAUAAUUUUCAUAGGUUUCCUGGGAGGGAGUGGUAUGAUUGUCAUGACAAUGUCAUGUGAUGAUAGAAUUUCUUCAUUGACGAAUCUAUAGUAGUUGUGUAUACUUUAUUUACCUAUGUUUGUUAUUCCUGAAAACUAAAGGGUUUCUUAUUGUUCACCUCCCUACUGAAAUUGUGUUGCUCACAAAGUAGAAUCAACACUUUCAAACUGAAAUCCUUAGUACUAUUUAUAUCACCAGGUGUCAGUCAGGUGAGAACAAUCAGUUGUGGCAAUAUCUUCAUACCAAAACAGUGUCAAAAAUAUUCAGUAGCUUAAUAUCACUUGUGGUAUAAACAGCACUACAGGCACAUGUGGUUUAGAAACAGCCAGCUUUUGGUGCUUUAAGUUAGCCAUUGGAUGUUUACACACAAUCCAAAGCAGCUUGUGUGAACGUAAUUUAGGUAUAAAUAAAAAUGCAUGAUUGACCAGCACAACCAAAUUUUUUUAAGUGGCCUCUUUAAACCAAAAGUUCACACUGUUUCCACUUCAGGAAAUCUUCCAGUGGUUUGUUUCCCAUUUUGGUGUCUCUCUCCUCGGGCUUAUUGCUCAGCUUAGGUUAACCUUCCUGAACAUGGAUAGCAGAUAUUGCAUGUCCACCUCUUACCGAGCUCUACAGUAGGGCAGUACAGCACUGGAGGAGACCCCAUUUGCCAAAUUUAGUUUCUGCCCAUGAGUCUUCUCUCCAAUACAACUUAGUGCUGGGCUGCUUUAAGUAUUGGGGAUUCAUAUUUAGUACCAUCCAAACCAUUCCUGUCUGGUUACAAUUUGAUUGUGACUGUGAAUUGUCAUCGGUACCUAUUAAUAUCAGAUAUAAUUUUCACUUGCCUCAUGUGUUAGCUGGCAUUUAUUAUGACAUCUUGUUGCCAGUCCAAAUUAUUGUACUGUAUCUGUUUAUAACAACCUUUGGCAUCACAAACUAUUGACUGUUCUUAGACAGUGGGGAUAAGAUUUUUUCCAUGAGAAUUUUUUUUUUUUGUGACUGACUUUGGCUGUAAACAUUUUUUUGUUGUUGUUGUUCUAUACCAAGGAUUUUCUGUUUGUUUUUUUAAUUUUAUUUUUUGAGAUGUGUAAUUCUUUUAUGGAGUUUUUAAAAAAAUCAUAUUUUGUUUUUCUAACAUUGCUUCAUUAAACAUUUAAAUAUUUAAAAAUAUGUAAUAUUUGGACCAGAUGUUGUGAAUAAUAGUAGAUAAAGCUAUUUUAUUCUGUAUUUUUAAAGCCGUUCAGUAUAAAUAAACGCUGACAUAGAUG